AGAGCGCCAUGGCUGCCGCCGGCCCGGAGGACACGGGUUCGGGACAGCCGGCGGCAGCCUCACCCAAAUUGCCGUCGACACAGCAAGGAGCUCCCAAACCAGCCAAGAAGCGGCUGGUCUAUCCGCAUCCCCCAAACAACUCCCGUCUUUCCCGUUCAGUUCUUCGCUGGCUCCAGGGCUUGGAUCUCACCUUCUUCCCAAAGAACAUCAAUAGGGAUUUCUCAAAUGGCUUCCUGAUUGCAGAAAUCUUCAGUAUGUAUUACCCCCAGGAUCUUCAGUUAUCAUCCUUUGAAAAUGGAACUUCCUUAAGAGUUAAAUUGGAUAAUUGGGCACAGUUGGAAAAGUUCCUGGCAAGGAAACGGUUUAAAUUAGCUAAAGAACUGAUCCAUGGGACAAUUCAUUGUAAAGAUGGAGUGCCUGAAAUUCUGGUGGAAGAGAUUUAUACCUUAUUAACACACAAAGAAAUCAAAAGCAUCCAGGAUGACCCUGUGAAUUUCACAGACUACCGAUACCAGAUGCGUCUACCCCUGGUUCCCAGGUCCACAGCUUCCAAGACCAUUAAAGACAACAUUAAGUUGUCAGAACUCAUGGGCAAUCCCAACAUGGUCACCAAUGAACUCAAGAUUCAGUUCCUCAUCCUUCUGCACAUGUUGCAAAGAAAACUAAGCAGAAAAAUGAAUCCAAGAUGGUUUGACAUCAAGCCAACAAUAGGAGAAACCACUCUUGAUCGACUUCCUCCCACCCAAACCUCUUGCUGCAGACGUAACUCAGGGGUUUCAAAGAAAAAAGUUGCUUCUGCUUUAAGAAAUACAGUUAAUACACAUACAGAAAUUCACGUAAAGCAAGCUGGACAAGAUUGUGACUUUUAUGACUUCCGUGAAAAAAAUGAAAAGGAAACCUUGAAAAAUAUAUGUCAAAUCACUUUGAAGAAGUGAUGCCACCAUCCUAUAGAAACUGAUCACCGAAUCUUGGACAGUUUUCAACAGUAAAGAAAGUGGUGUCUUAUUCAUAA